CUACAAGCUUUACUACUUGCCAUGUGAAUACAAGCCCAUUCACACCCACUCCUUACAUCUCUCUUUCUCUCUCUCUCCUUCUUCUUCUUCUUCUUCUUGUUUCUCUCUCUACAUUUUUCUUUUGCGCAGAUCUUGGCUAAGUUACAACUUAUACAUCAAAGUUUAGAGCUAAAUCUGCAUCGAGCAAUGGAGUCUCGGGGCUCAUCAGCUACUGGAUCCAUUGCCAAGCUCAGCAGCUUUACCAUUUUCAUUCUCUUCUUGCUUUCUUUCUCCACUUUCACUUCUACAGAAGCUUAUGAUGCACUUGAUCCAACUGGGAAUAUCACAAUCAAAUGGGAUAUAAUGAGCUGGACUCCGGAUGGCUAUCUUGCUGUUGUUACAAUAUUCAACUUCCAGCAGUAUCGCCAUAUACAAACACCGGGUUGGACUUUAGGUUGGACUUGGGCAAAAAAGGAAGUGAUCUGGAACAUGAUGGGAGGACAAACCACGGAGCAAGGGGAUUGUUCAAAAUUCAAAGGGAAUGUCCCGCAUUGCUGUAAGAAGGAUCCAACUGUUGUGGAUUUGUUGCCAGGAACUCCUUACAACCAACAAGUUGCAAAUUGCUGCAAAGGCGGAGUACUAAACUCAUGGGUCCAGGACCCGUCCAAUGCAGCAAGUUCAUUCCAGAUCAGUGUGGGUUCUGCAGGAACAACUAACAAAACCGUUAGAGUUCCAAAGAACUUUACUUUGAAAGCACCUGGACCUGGAUAUACUUGUGGACCUGCUAAAAUUGUGAGACCAACUAAAUUUGUCACUGCAGAUAAAAGGAGAGUCACCCAAGCUUUGAUGACUUGGAAUGUUACUUGCACGUACUCACAAUUCUUGGCUCAAAAGACUCCAACAUGUUGUGUCUCACUCUCUUCCUUUUAUAAUGAGACGAUAGUAAACUGUCCUAUGUGCACCUGUGGCUGCCAGAACAACAAUACAGAACCUGGGAGCUGUGUAGACCCAAAUUCGCCUUAUUUAGCUUCAGCUGUAUCAUCAGGUUCUGGAAAAUAUAGUAAUACACCACUGGUCCAGUGUACCAGUCACAUGUGUCCAAUUCGAGUCCAUUGGCAUGUUAAGCUCAAUUACAAGGAAUACUGGAGGGUGAAAGUCACAAUUACAAAUUUCAAUUACAGAAUGAACUACACGCAAUGGAAUCUUGUUGUGCAACAUCCGAACUUGGACAAUCUAACCCAGGUUUUCAGCUUCAAUUACGAGUCAUUGAAUCCUUAUGCAGGCUUAAAUGAUACUGCCAUGUUGUGGGGGAUCAAGUUUUAUAAUGAUUUUCUCUCAACAGCUGGUCCACUUGGAAAUGUGCAGUCCGAACUUCUAUUCCGAAAAGACAAAUCUACUUUUACAUUUGAAAAAGGAUGGGCAUUCCCUCGGAGAAUUUAUUUCAAUGGUGAUAAUUGUGUCAUGCCACCCCCAGAUUCCUACCCAUGGUUGCCAAAUGCAAGUCCUAGGCCUGUCAUCUCUCUAAUUUAUCUAGCCAUGACAAUCUUGGCAUCUUUGGCAUUCUUAUUAUCUUCUGCAUAAUGAGUUGAAGUCUGGAGCAAAACAAUCAAAAGCUAUCUGCUUUUCCGUAACACAAUACAAAGUUUUGUCUCGGUUCAGAUGAAAACUUGCAGUCAAUCUGUUUUGAUGGAAUGUGUUUGUGGCUUACUACUGCAAUCUUCAAGCUAAAUGAUUCAGGUGUACUAUGGCUUGUCACAACAAAGUUCAGCUUGGAUAAUCUGUGUGUAUGAAGAUUUAAUUCUCCAGUGUCAUUUUUGUUUAGAUAUAGCUGUGGCACGAUUAUUUAUAAUAUACAACUUGUUCAUUUUGUUUGUAGCAUAUCCACAAUGAAUGUUCUUAGCAUUGUAAAAGAAUUCAGGGACUCACAAUUGAUGUAUGAUUUUAUCAAACCUUGUUAUACGAGUGGCUCUUUUUUCUUUCUUCA